AGGCACAAAACAUACCCAACCUCCAGUAGUAACAACUUUACUAGAAACAUCUCAGACAGAAGAACAUAAGAUCACAGACACAAAAACAGAAACUAACGAGAUAGAAACAACUGAAAAUAGACCAGAAGCUGCAGACAUAUCUGUAAACAAUACUACAACAACAGAUAUAGAAAUAGCUAUUAUAUCUAAUAAUGGAAAGAAUAACAAAGACGAAAGAGAAUUUACUCCUGUUAUCUCGAAAAAAGAAAAGAAAGUUUCUCUCCAUUUACCAGAGUUAACAAA